AUGCAACCUACGAUCGGCUUACAGAAUCAGCAACAACAGCUGAAGGUGGAUCUAGGCGGAGGCAAGGCGCCAUCCCCGGCUGCACAACGAUUCCCUGGUCAAGGAUUGGGCACAGUAGCUACGGGGGCUAUGCCUAAAGUGCCACAAGCUACAGUGCAAAACUUGUUACAGUCUAUGCUUGCUCAACAACAAGCUCAACAACAACAAUCAGCUUCCCCGAGCACACAGUCAACCGUGGCGGGUCAGCAAGGUGGCAAUCAAAAUGCUGCUGCUGCUGCAGCUGCUGCUGCACUCGGUAGGGCCAAUCUCGGUAACUUACAUCAGUUAUAUCAGCGGCUACUCACACAGUUCACUCAUGGUGCUACUGGUCCUAUGCGGCGUCCUGGAGGUAUGACACCUACAGGGCCAUCUCCUUCGUCUCCGGGUUCUGCUAGUGCUGCUGCAGCAGCAGGAGGAGUACCCUCUGGUACCACUUCUAUGCCCGCCAUUCAGAAUAUGCUGCAGAAUAUAUUUGCCAAUAAUAGAUCGCAGUACACUACGGCGGCUACACCGAAGGGUCCUGGUGUACGAGCCCAGCAAGGGCCCUCUACUGCUACCACAGCGUCCCUACAGCAACAUCAGCAACAGCAGCGCUCGCCAUACCAGCAGUUCUAUUACGGCAAUGCGGUCAGUGGGGGUACUUCUAUUCUGCCCAAGGCUGUACCAUCUAAGGCAUCUGCGCCACCAGCACCGAGACCGCCGCCGCCGCCGACUACUACUGCUGCUCAUGAGAACCCUAGUGCCCCAUCGGGUUCCGGUCUCUGAUCGACUUGUGUGAUAGAUUCCACGCUGUUGUUGAUGGUAGUUGUGCUACAUCACGAUCACUAUUCUCUAUUCGCAACAAUUACAUCUGCUGCAAGUGCAACUAAAUCGUACAUAGUAUUGCUAUCAUUUAUUGAACGAUUGAUUGACGACCUAUCGUAUCGGGGUGUCCCAUUUUCUCCGUCGCCUUCAUAAUGAUUACAUUUAUUAGAAUCAAGCGUGUAGUGCUGAUACCACCACCACCAUCGUUGUUGUUGUUGUCGUUCUCGUCCCCACCCGCUUCUAGUCUACUGCUGCAGUAGUACUGCGUAUCAUCAUAUGUAUCAUUGGAGUACUCUAUCAACACCCUACGAUAAAGCCUAUAUCAUAAUAAUACCACCACU